UGAAUUUUUUGGUAGGACUUUGCCCUAGUUUUUUUCUGGUAGUUUUUGGUGGAUAGCAAUGCGUUCAUCUGCGUGAUCUGUUCAUUUUGUUCAGUUUUUAGGUAAAAAUUUGUUGCUAAUGGUAUAUGUUUUUGUUUGAUCAAGCUGAUUGAGCGAUUAGGAAGGCCCUCUUGCUGAUCUUUUACCAGUUUUGGUAGCUUAGAAAAUGAAAGAGAUAUGAGGAACCGGAAAAAUAGUAAUUUCGGAUUGUUUCUGCAUAAUUUACUUGGAUGAAAUUAGAAAAAAUAGUGACACGCUUUAUUAUUUAAGAACUACACUCUGCAUAAGGUGUAGAAUUUGAAACUGCUUCUUAUUUUAACCUCAUUUUUAUAGGCAAGAAAAUGUAACCUGAUUUGCAGGCUAAAUUUGGUUUCUAGUACAAAUCCGGUUGUGUUCUAAUAUUGCAUUUGACAGCAUGAAAUUGGAACAUUGGCAUAGAAAUUGAGACCUUACUAUCUCAAACUUUAUACUAAUUUACUUCAAUUCUCAUUUCAAGGCUUCAUUUCCAUGCUGACAGAUGCCUUCAAGUAUAGUAAGAGUGAUUUGUUCACAAAUUGCAGAAUUUGACUGACUUAAUGAGCUGUUUUCUUUUUUUGCAUCAGGAAAUCAAUAUGAUUGGGUCUUUUCUUACCAGAGGCCUUGUGAUGGUUUUUGGUUAUGUUUAUCCAGCUUAUGAGUGCUACAAAACUGUGGAAAUGAAUAAGCCUGACAUUGAGCAACUUCGCUUUUGGUGCCAGUAUUGGAUCCUAGUUGCUGUAUUGACGGUUUGUGAGAGGAUUGGCGACACUUUUGUUUCAUGGGUUCCAAUGUACUCUGAAGCUAAGUUGGCAUUUGUCAUAUACCUGUGGUAUCCUAAGACAAAGGGAACAACAUAUAUUUAUGAUUCCUUCUUUAGACCUUAUGUCACAAAGCAUGAGACAGAAAUUGAUCGUAACUUGUUGGAACUGAGGACUAGGGCUGGAGAUAUUGCAGUUUUGUACUGGCAAAAAGCUGCUAGUUAUGGUCAGACAAGAGUUUUUGAGAUCUUGCAAUAUAUUGCUUCGCAAUCGACUUCCAGACCAGGCCCUCCUCGGACGCAACAAGGUGCUAGAGUUCGCCAACCCACUGCAGCGUCAAAUCGCAAAUCAGCUGCCACAACAAAGCCUCAGCCGGAAGAACCUCCUUCCCCUAGUUCUAGUAUAUCAAGCCAAUCCGAAGAAGACAAAGCAGAAGAGGCAGGUCCGUCACAAGUUCCUACAGAAGCCCCCGCUGCUGAUGGCCUGAACGCACACAAAACAACUGCAACACCACCUCUUACUGAAGCUGCCAAAUCUUUGAACUCAAAUGAUGAAGAAGCAAUGCAGAUCGAAUCAGUGUCUUCUUCAGCAAAUGAUAAUGUAAACCCUCCGCCACAAGAAACAGUCAUAGAAGAAGCCAUUCGGGUUACACGUGGCAGAUUGAGGAGAACCCGGACUGCAUCAAAUCCCUAAAUAACGAGGUAGCUCCUUCCACAUUUUAGUUUGCAAAAUGUGAGUAUUUAGGCAGUAGGUGGACAGAUACUGGAUUAUUGAUGUUGAUGUACAUUUGCCUUUAUCUGCUUUAUUCAUAACUUUAUUUGUUGUCGAAUCUUUGAACUUGGUUAAGAGCUUUUAGUGGGUAGGGUCAAAUGUUUCAAUUAUUAUUAUGAUGAAG